CAUCAGCUGAUUGCCGCUUGUGCUACGAUGAGUAAACUUGGACAAGCAUGAUGCUGUCGCGUGGUCUGAUGGAGCUUCUCCAAAUUCCAUGAGGAUUCCUGAGAGCUUUGAGGAAACUCUGUCAGUGAACCUGUGGCAGUAUGCUGGCUUGCUGUGUUGCUUGUCGUAGCCGUUGAAACGGAGCCGCACUGAAAUCCCGGAACCUGCACAGCAUCUCUCCGACUCUUCGACGGAAUGGGUCGGAUUUCCGAAAUCCUCUGCUUGCUCUUAGUGUUCAGUGUUAGCUUGACUUCCUCGCAGAAGAUCAUACCGAAGAGCCGUAGUUUGUCUGAUCUCCCCGGAGGAGCACUUCCCAUCCUGCGGGUAGUCUAUUGCGCAACAUCCGGCUAUCAACGGGCUUUGGAGCAAUAUAUAGUUCUUCUCAACGAGAAAUAUCAGGGCGAGGUACAAGCUCGCGGAGAACCAUUCCAGCACUCGACUUGGAGUCGUUAUGUUUCGCGAUCUCUGACCGCGCUCAAACUUGGCUUAGCAGCACUGCUGUUGUUUAAGGUGAAUUUAUUGGGUCGUCUGCAAUCUCGAUUCCCACGGCUUGUCGAGUUCACUGUUAACAACAGAAUGAUGGUGACCAUGUCAAUUUUCUUGCUGAUUUCAACUCUCGAGUCGCGACUUUCCGCGACAGGGCAUUUCGAGAUUUUUUACAAUGAUGUUCCCGUUUGGUCAAAACUCGCCAGCGGACGUUUCCCGUCCCCCGGAGAAUUAUUCCAAAUCAUCGAUAAUCAGAUUCUGAUCAAAAACACACCCAGGUUGUCACUCUGAUCAAGCGUCCAUGGAGACAUCAUAGGACAAGUAUUGUACAUUGAUACGCCUGUGGGACACCUGAUAGGGGAGGCCGUUUCCGAGUUCUGAAGCUAAUCACGGCGCCUGAUUGCCCCUCCAUCGGCAUUGGACGUCGAACAAGACCAGACCGACGAGUUCACUCAGAACCUGUACAUAAUUCAUUUGCUGCCUUUUUUCCUGAUGCUUCAUCCGAGGCCCGCAGCAUGGCCACAGCGCAUCUCAUGCAAGACUUGUAUUUCCGAUGGUAGCAGCGUAUCCGCGCCAGAAGAUCACGGAGGGCAUGAGGUGGAUACGAUCAUUAUCUCUCACUCUCCAGAUGAGCCGAAAGAGGAGAUGACGUCGAGGAGCCCUCUGUGAGGGUCCCGCCUUCUUGUAUCUGGCUAACGGAUUUCUAUUCCCAUGGGAACCUCUGAAAGGGCGCCAUGUGAAAUCUAUCAAUGUCUGACAACUUCUGCCGUCAACCUCAAUGCGCCUUCAGGAGCAUUGCUGAGCCUCGAUCAGCUCGGCCUAUGAAUCGCGACCUCACCAGCCUGGGGCGAGCCGAUCUGAUAGCGGACUGAGGAGCUCGGCACCAGAGAGACCGAAACUUCGCAGCAGCCAAUGCUCACGCAUAUUCUUACGUUCAGGGUGCAUGAAUCUGAUGAACUGUCCUAAGACUAAUGGACAUGGUGGCUCGGAAACGAUGGACAAUGUAGCGCGACUGGGUACGUAGCUCUUCUUUCCAAGAGGAUGUCCUCCGCGCAUCGAAAGAGACUACAUGAUCACCUGAGUCUGGAGAUUUCUACUGUUGUUCAGUUAGGAGAAGUUGACUCGGUAUCCGGAUAUGCAUAUUGUACCUGUAGAAUAAAAUGUUGGUGGCGUUCUGGAGGAGGA